AUGGUAACAAGACAGAGAAAUGUUGUCUGCCUGUUCACCUGUAGCAACACUCGCAAUGUAAAUUUGGAGAUUGUUGAUGACAUGACCGAUCAGUUCCUUCUUGCAUUCAGGCGUCACUGUGCCAUCUAUGGAACUCCUUCACUGAUCCUUUGUGAUAAUGCCAAAACAUUCCAGAAAGGGGAUGAAGAAAUUCAGAAGUUGUUCCAAGUCAUAGAAGAUCAAACCGUGCAGCAUCACUUUGCCCAGAAGAGAGUUCAGAUGAGGCAUAUUCCUGCCAAGUCACCGCACUGGGGAGGCAUGCAUGAGCGACUGAUUGGAGUGGUUAAGUUGUCAAUCAAGAGAGUUCUUCAUUGCGCGCUCAUUAGUCUACCCGAGUUACAAACACUCAUCAAAGAGGUUCAAGCAGUUGUGAAUGAUCGCUCAAUCACAUUCGUCUACCAUGAUGUGAAUGAUCCAGAGCCCUUGACACCGUCAAAGUUGCUGUAUGGGUUCGAUGUUACAGCUUUGUCACACCCUGUUGUUGAUCCUGACGAGUCGGAGGAUGAAAACUUCAAUGAACAUGAUAAACUCAAUAAGGCCUUCAAACGACGCUCAUUGCUAUUUCAGCACUUUGUCCAACGGUUCAAGAGUGAGUACCUUGCUUCGCUGCGGGAGCGUCAUGUGUAUCAGUCUAAGAAGCGAGGAUCGCAGGAGGAGAUCAUUAAAGUCGGGGAUGUCGUACUUAUGCACGCUGAAAAUGUUCCUCGUAGCUCCUGGAAGUUAGCCAUUGUAAAGAAAGUUCUCCGUGGCAGUGAUGGCUUAGUUAGAGCGGCAGAGAUCAGAACAAACUCCGGAGUCACCAACCGUUCAAUACAUCUCUUGUAUCCCUUGGAAGUCACACUGACGGACUCUAAGGAACACUUUACAGGAACUGAACUGCAGAUUCCACAGGUCGAAACACUCAGAAGAAGCAAACGAAUUGCUUCACGCCUCCGCCCCCAGUAUGUGGAAUCUGGUGACUAG